ACUUAUGCUCCAACUACAUUGGCAACUUCUCGUGACUUUUGGACAUUGAGAUACACUACAAGUUUGGAGGAUGGCAGUCUUGUGAUAUGUGAACGAUCUCUGACGACAGCAACUGGUGGCCCAACAGGGCCUCCUGCUACAAGUUUUGUCAGGCCUGAAAUGCUACCAGUGGUUACCUCAUAAGGCCUUGUGAGGGUGGGGGCUCAAUGAUUCACAUUGUUGAUCAUAUUGAUCUAGAGGCUUGGAGUGUCCCUGAAGUUUUGAGGCCACUUUAUGAGUCUUCCAAGAUCCUUGCUCAGAAGAUGACUAUGGCUGCCUUGCGACACAUACGACAAAUUGCACAAGAAACCAGCGGAGAGAUCCAAUACACAGGGGGUCGCCAACCUGCUGUUUUGAGGGCACUAAGUCAGAGAUUAUGCAGGGAAUUUAAUGAUGCUGUUAAUGGAUUUGUUGAUGAUGGUUGGACUAUUAUGGAUAGUGAUGGUGUAGAGGAUGUAACAAUUGCUAUAAACUCAUCUUCAAGCAAAUUCCUUGGUUCACAGUACAACACCUUGUCAAUACUCCCUACAUUUGGAGGUGUUCUGUGUGCCAGGGCAUCAAUGCUUCUUCAGAAUGUUCCCCCUGCUUUGCUUGGACGUUUCCUUAGGGAGCACCGUUCCGAAUGGGCAGAUUAUGGGGUUGAUGCUUAUUCUUCUGCAUCUCUUAAAGCCAGUCCAUAUGCUGUCCCUUGUGCCAGACCAGGUGGUUUCCCAAGUAGCCAGGUCAUUUUACCCCUAGCUCAGACUGUGGAGCACAAGGAGUUUCUUGAAGAAGAACUUAAUUAG